AUAAACCCUAAAUCCCCCCAAAAUCCCUCGAUUUCUUCUUGUCUUUGAGGAUUUGAUUCGCCGUUGGUGAUCUGAGGCUCGUCGCACGGUGUCUCGCCGUAGUGGAUUUUGGUUUGGGGUUAGGGAUUUUAUGGUUGUGUUUUUUGAAUAAGGGGAGUUCUUGAAAGGAAAGGAAUGGCGGAGAAUGGGUUGCUUAGUGCUGUGCUCUUUGAAUCUGGUUGAUGGGAGGUGUUUCUCAGCAGGUUGGGGGUGGUGUGUCGGAUGAAUCUAUGGGUAAGGAGGUGGCUCAAGAAGUGAUUGAGAGAAGUAGAGAAGAUGGGUUGGCCCCUGUGGCCAAUCAGAACAAUGGGCAGCCUCAGAAGGUGCUCUGGGAGAGGUUCCUUCCUGUCAGAUCUAUCAAGGUUUUGCUGGUAGAGAAUGAUGAUUCAACUCGUCAAGUCCUCACUGCCUUGCUCCAUAAUUGUAGCUAUGAAGUUACUGCAGCUGCAAACGGCCUACAAGCUUGGAAAAUCUUAGAAGAUCUUACAAAUCAUAUUGAUCUUGUCUUGGCUGAUGUUGUAAUGCCAUGCUUAUCUGGCAUUGGCCUAUUAUGUAAGAUAAUGAGCCAUAAAACUUGCAAGACGAUUCCCGUGAUUUUAAUGUCUUCAAAAGACUCCAUGGGUAUAGUCUUUAAGUGUUUGUCAGAAGGCGCAGUUGAUUUUUUAGUUAAGCCUAUCCGUAAGAAUGAGCUAAAAAACCUUUGGCAACAUGUUUGGAGGAGAUGCCACAGUUCUAGCGGUAGUGGUAGCAGAAGUGACACUGGCACACAAACUCAAAAAUCUCCCAAGUCGAAGAGUGUUGAUAAUUCAGAUAACCAUAGUGGGAGUAAUGACGGGAAUUACAAUAGAAGCUUUGGUUUGAAUGCACAGGAUGGCAGUGAUAGUGGAAGUGGAACUCAGAGUUCUUGGACCAAACGUGCCAUUGGAUUUGACAGUCCCCAACCGAUGCCUCUGUCCCAUCAGUUGCCUAAUCGUCAUGACAGUACUUGUGCACAUGUCAUCCAUCCAAAGCCUGAAACAUUCUUCUACGGCUUGAUGCCUAUGACUACUACCAGGAAUGCCCAAGAACAAAAAGAAUUUGCCGACAACACUUCCAUGGGCAAAGGCUUGGAAAUAGUAUUGCCAGGAAGUCCAUAUUUGCAUCCUGAAUCUCAUCCCUGUGAGAAGCUUGAUAUGAACAAGCCUGAUUUCAGUAUGGAGAAGUUGAAUGAAACUGAGCCUGAAAAAGAAGUAAAUGUGAAUAUCUUGGAACUGGAUACCGAUGAAAAUUCUGGUGAACCAUGCAACCAGGAUGCUGAUUUGAUUGGUGGAAUAGCCAAUAGUGUUGAUUUUCAGAUGGGAACCCGAUCUUCCAAAGAUCCUGAUAGCUUUCCCAACGUGUCAGAAACAGUAAAUAAAACCAUCAUCGGCAGUAAUGAAUGGCCAUCCCUUGAGUUGAGUUUGAAAAGGCUGCAGUCGAGUGAAGAUGAUGGAACUGCCAUUCAUGAUGACCACAACAUCUUGAGACAUUCUGAUCAGUCCGCAUUCUCAAGAUACAACGCUUCUGCUUUAUCUGCUCAGGCACCCACAGGAAACAGAGGAAGUUAUUUGCGUCCACUUGAUAACAGUUCAAAGGCAACAAGGACGGAUUCUACACAUAACAUGUUAUCUAAUUCAAAUGGUGCUCCUUUGAAGCAGAGUUCCAACGCGAACACUGACAAAAAUGAUAUGGGGUCUACCACAGUGAAUGCUUUCACCAAAUCAGCAUCACCAAAGGAAAUGUUAACAUCCUCAUCAAUGGUGAAGUUUAUCAACCCUACUUCAGCCAUUCAUCCUGUGCAAAACCAAAAUUUGGCUACUCAGCUGGUGGUGCAGGAGAAAUUUAAUGACGUGGGUACAGCCGCAACGGGAGCACAAUCUAGAGGAAUUCACAUUCAGGUCCAUUUCCAGUACCACCAUCACCACUAUAAUCAUCACCACCACCAUGUCCACAGCAUGCAGCAGGAGCAGCAGGAGCAGCAGCAACAGCCAUUAGCAGAUCAUGAUAAUUUGUCACUUGAGAACAUGGAGACAGAUGAUAUGCAGUGUGGAUCAUCCAAAUUGUUUAUUAUAGCUACGGAAGGUAAUGCUCCACACUUAAGCUUAAAUGGGAGCAGAUCAGGCAGCAAUCACGGGAGCAAUGGCCAGAAUGGAAGCAGUACAGCAGCAAAAGGUGGGGGAGUUAACAUGGAUAGUGAUAAUGGGAUUGCAGGAAAAAGUGGUAUCUAUGGUGCCAGUGGGAGUGGGAGUGGUGGUGGUGGAAGUGGAGAUGGGGUUGACCAGAAUCAUUCUACACACAGAGAGGCUGCGCUGAACAAAUUUCGGCAGAAAAGAAAAGAGCGGAACUUUGAAAAGAAGGUCCGAUAUCAAAGCAGGAAAAGACUAGCUGAGCAGCGACCACGCCUACGUGGGCAAUUUGUGCGGCAAAUUGUUUACGAACACACAUGCCGGGAAGCAAAGAGUUGAUCCCCCAGUUCAAAUACUAGGAGGUUAUUACUUUCUUAACAAUAAGAAGUUUAUUGAUAAUAAUAUGAUUAGAAAUUAUUUAAAGUUAAAUUUGCUUGUGCUUACAAAGAGUUGGAAUGUCUCUCUUGGUCGGCUUCUUGAUGACUACUGGCACAAGGUGCUACCCUGCAAUGGGUAGUUACCUUCAGCUAUACCAAUAAAGGUGUAAGAUAUUUGUUCUGUG